AUGUCCAAACCGGCUCACACAGGUACUCCCAUGAGUCGUGAGUCUACGAGCAGCUUCCAGCGUACGGGAUCGCCUCCUGUGCCGACGCUGAGCUCUCCAAACUCUACGCAAGAUUCUAUUCAUGGCACUUUGAACAAUAAAGACAUCGAUUUUAGGGCCGUUUCGAAACACUUGGUAAAUCAAGAAGAUACUCUUAAACACCAAGGAGGUGACGUGGCCCGUCACAUAUACCAGCAAAUGGACCACGUAUAUCGGAAUGAAGACCAGCGACCAAAACGAACAAGAAGCUCUUCAUUUUCUACAUACUUGGAUGAAGCUCGCAGAAGAGAAAGUACUGCUAGUGAUCUAAAUGUUCCCGGUGGAUUCCGCCGUGAGUUUCUCAUUAAUAAGUCCUUGAAGGAAAACCAAGAACCUCCAAACUUUCUCACCAGCAAUUUUAUGGAGUUUUUGAGCAUUUAUGGUCAUUUUGCUGGUGAAGAUUUCAAUGAUGAAGACGAUACUAAUGAAGAUAACUAUGAUGAAGUUUUCGAUGAAGAAUCUCUGUUAUUGGGCGAUCGAAGACACGGACAAUCGAACUCCCAACCUCGAAAACAACCAAAGGGUUCAGCAUCUGUUGCCAAGACAUACUUUUUGGUGUUUAAAGCACUUGUGGGUUCCGGAGUUCUCUUUCUUCCUCGAGCAUUUUGCAAUGGAGGACUUGUUUUCUCCAUCUUCACACUUUCCCUCUUCGGGUUCUUGACAUUCAUGUGUUACAUUAUACUCAUCAAGACGAAAAAGAUUUUGAAUUUGUCAUCGUUUGGUGAAUUGGGUUACAAAACUUAUGGUAAACCACUCAAGUUUUGUAUAUUGAUCUCGAUCAUUAUUUCGCAAGUGGGGUUCGUUGCCACUUACAUCUUAUUCACGGCGGAAAACAUGACGUCGUUUUGUCGCAAUUUCCUCAGCAUAGACAGCCCUUACUUGACCACAGCAAACAUUGUCAUCAUUCAAUGUAUUUUCUUGGUUCCUCUCGUUUUGAUUCGAAACUUGGCCAAAUUAUCACUCAUAUCUUUAAUAUCUUCGGUGUUUAUUGUGGUGGGUCUUCUUAUCAUCUUUUACUAUUCCGGUCUUCAACUUGCUGAACAAGGAUUGGGUCCCAAUAUUGUGAACUUCAACUCCAAGAGUUGGUCUAUGCUCAUUGGUGUUGCAGUUACGGCAUUCGAAGGAAUAGGAUUAAUCUUACCAAUUGAAGCCUCCAUGGCCAAACCAGAAAAGUUCCCUCAAGUUUUGUUCAUAAGUAUGGUUUUGAUUACCACUUUAUUUGUUUGCAUUGGUACCAUUGGCUACACUGCAUUUGGAGAAGAGGUAAAGUCGAUCAUUAUUCUCAAUUUGCCCAACGAUAGAUUAUCGGUCAAUAUGAUUAUGGUGCUCUAUUCGUGCGCCGUAUUUUUGACGGCACCGCUUCAAUUGUUUCCUGCAGUCAAGAUAGGAGAGUCCACUCUUUUUGGGUUUCUUGUGUCGGCGGACUACAAAGGUUUCAAAGAUGAAGAUGGUAGAUUGUACCAUGGUUCAGGAAAAUACUCUACCAACAUCAAAUGGUUGAAGAAUUUGUUCCGAGCCUUGUUUGUCAUCGUGAUAUGCACGUUGGCUUACGUCAAUUCAAAGAACAUCGACAAGUUUGUAUCUUUCAACGGCUGUUUUGCAUGCAUUCCAUUGGUGUACAUUUAUCCUCCACUUAUUCAUUUGAAAACCUACCAAUAUGACAAACAAGAGACUAAAGUGGGUAAGUUUUUGAAAGUGUUUGAUGUGAUUCUUGUGGCAGUGGGAAUUGUGGUGGUCACCUACACAACGUACCAGAUUCUCUUUCUCAACUAG